AUGCGAACUGCGAUUGCAUGGGAGCAGUACUCGUCUGCGCGUGAGCAGCUGCAGUCGCGUAUCGCCGAGAAAAUUCGACGUCAGAUGAGCUCCUUGGUGCGUUGCGGUCGCGGCGCUUGUCACUGUUACCAUACGAGCUUUUCACUCAAAAAGUCACUCCUGCCAUUCACAAAUAAAGAAAAAGGCAUUUUUUGAAACCAAACGAAACAAAAACGAUAUUAUUUCAGAAAUAUUUCAAAUUGAAAAAAAGACAUUGUUUAGAUGUAGAAAACUCCUCACAUUCCAUCAUUUUUUUAUUGAAGCUUUUAACUGAAAAUCAGCUGAUAUUUUUUUCAAAAAAUGAAAAAAAGUUGAUAGCCGUUUUUUUUGCGCACGCUUAAUUAACAUAGCAGCUCAAAAUCCAACGCCAGCACUAACAAAUUUCAUUAAAAUGCACAUCCUUUCUUCUUAACUUUCUGCUUUUUCCGAUGAACUAAAAAAUAUCCAAAAGUCUUGAUAAAAAGUAUUCCUCUAGUGAGUUGAAUAAAAUCUUUUUCAGGUAGGAGACAUGGAAAGCGCCGAUUUGCUGCUGGUAGCAGCGGACGGCAAAAAGUUGGCAGCUCAUGAGUGCAUUCUGAGAGCUCGAGCGCCCGGUUUCUACCACAGACAUGUUGAAGCGACCGUGGCAGCCAUGGGACCACGCCAAGAAGGAAAACUCCGCGAGGUCAGUACAUUUUUGUUAGCCUUGAAGGCAUAGAAAAAUAAUAAUACAAAUCCCUUCUGAAACAUAAAAAUUAUGAUUUCGGAACUAUUAUUUUGUUCCUUGUGAAAACUUACGAUACAUUUCAGGUCGCUAUUGGAGAUAUCGACUCGGUUGGAUUAGAGUUUUUCAUCCAUUCUGUUUACACAGAAGAGGAAUUCGCACAGAUCCCUCUCGACCAAAAUGAAGACAGACGUGAGAUUUUUCAAUUUUUUUUCUGUUUGAAUGCAAAAUCACGCCCUUCAGUUUGCGACAAUUGCCGAAAGGUGAUAGAAUCACGGCUCAAAGUGAAGUUUUCGCUCGGUAAGGAGUCGGGUGCCUUUAUUUUUUAUAACAAACCACGCUGGCACUUGCAAUUUGAGAUUUCCUUCAACACUUAGGUGGCGCUUUGGACACUUGAGAAGAAUUUUCAUGCAAAAAACCAAGUUCUUUGCAGAAGAAACUGCAUCGCGAUCGUCAAAUCGUUCAUAUGCGAUGGAUGAAUCAACGACAGAGCUGGAUUUUCAGAUGGCAGGGGCGGAUGAGAAGUGAAUUGACUUUGCUCGACAGAUUGGAACAAUGUCUUUUACAGGUUGGAUGACGAAACUCCAACUUUAGCCGGACGACCACCCCUAGUGCCGUACUCCAUGUCUGGUGUGAGUUUAAGCCUUUUUGUAUUUAUCAGUGCGUCAAAAAUAUCCUUUUGACAGCUUUUUUAAAGAUUGGCUCAUAUCCAAACUCACCUCGAAAACAAGUGAUGCCAACUGCGAUGAGCGUUUCGGCAGGACCUUACCCUCUGAACGGGCCAUAUCCUAUUAUGGGCAGCGGAGUGUAUGGACACUGCUCCGUGACAAAUUCCGCUCCUUCUGUACCAGUGAUGACUUCAUUUCGGGACCUCGCAACGGGGUCACCUAUGAACAGCUCGAUUUAUUCUCUCGGAGGGAGAAGCGAGGUCGCUGACAUUCCUGAAGAGGACGAAGACUGUCAAGACGAUCGAAAACCUAAAGCUUUGGACAAUCGUGAGCAGUUUGCUCGUUUUCUUUUGAAACUUUACCUUUUUAUAGGACCAAUGAGCAAGUUCAUUCGAUUAGACAGCAUCACAAACGGUAACGAAGCACACAAAGAGUAUCUAGAACGAAAAAGAUCAAGUGGAGGUAUUUGAGUCUCUUUCAUUUGGAAUCUCAGUGAAAAUUCCAGGAACAAAACAAAUCUUUCCGAUGUUCAUUGGAUUGUCAGAUAGUUCGGAUCCGUUGGAACGAGGGUCGGAUAACUGGCGAGGAAGUAACCGUCUGAGCCUUUCGAAAAGGAUGUCCAUGACGAGCCUGACUAGUUUGACAAGCAUCGACAUAACUCCUGGCCAAGAUGGUACUCAGCUAAACUGGGAAAACAAAACGGCAGAUUUUCAGGACAACCCCCUGUAGGCGACAUGACGGCUUGUAGUCGGUUGGCCGCUGAUUUGAUGCAGAUGUACGUUAACAACGAAGACACAGACGUGGUUAUACGAACAGAAGGAGGAGAUAUUCACGCUCACAAGUUUAUUCAUUUUUGACCGGCUCCAUUUUCAAAAUAGCAUACCUCAGGUGCAUCUUAUCUGCAACGUGUCCUUUCUUCCGGCAACAGCUCCAAAAAUCCAAACGCAUUGAAAUGCGUGGAUUCACUCGAAGCUCCAUUCAUUACCUCCUCAUGUUUCUAUACGGCGGAGUGACUUCUCUACCAGACGAUGUGAGAAUCGACUUUGAUACAAGAACAAUUUGUGUUCAAGGUGGACGUUUGGGAAAUCGUCGCGUUGGCAGCACACUUGAAUCACAAAGAUCUUGCUCAAGUUGUCAUUUUGCAUCUCAAAGCCACUAAAUGUCAUUGGUUUCAUAGGGUAAGUUUUUAAGUUUUGCAAAACGAAAUCUUAGCUUUUCAGCCAUGCGCUGCAUGUGUAUCUGCGGUUUUUGAUUGUCUUCCGCAAUUAGCUUCUAUUCGAUGUCUCAGGCCACUCUAUGAGGAGGUUCGUGAAAUAUUCGAUGUUUCGAUUCAAGACGACGUUUCCAGGCGUUGGCUUGGCAAGCGAAACAUUUUGCACGGGUCUGGAAAGGUCGGGUAUUCCUGUAUUUGAAUGAGCGAUGGCAGAAAGAAGCGUAUGAAGCGGUCAUUCAGUACAUGGACGAUGAAACGGUUAUCGACUUGAUACUUGGCUCCGAACGAUUACAGGUGAAUAAACUUAUUCAAACAAGUUGCCUGGACCCAUGGUUUAGGUUGCUUUGUCGAGGUCAAAAUCCGACUCUUCCGUCGCGGUUUUGGGAUUGGUAGACGAUAUUUUAGACGUCGCCAUGCAAUUUCUCCUUCACUCUUUUCAUCUUGUAGUAACCAGCAAGUCCUUCCAACAACAAGGAAAAGUAAGAGUAACUUCGAAGUUUUCAGAAAUCUGAACUAUGUGCAGUCGCUCAAAUAAUAUUAUUUUUGCGAUUUCGUUUCAUGUACUGAAAAAAUGAGAUUUGAACGCUUUUUCAACCCAAGGUUGAUUUCAGGGCUUGGCGUUGAACUUGGGACUGUUGGAAGAUCUGCUUCCUUCUGUGAUUCAUUCCUUGUCAGCAGAUGUGGCCAUAAAAACUUACAAAGGCCUGACAGGACUUCUUUCGGAGAUUCAACAAGCGCCGCCUUCUCCGAAACGCACCUUGAGCAUUCUUGUUGAUGAAUGGAGCCCUGUAAUUCUUAUCCAAAAUUUUUCUCUGAGUUCAAAUUUACAGAGAUUCUGCGCUUUGAUAAGAAGAAUGGUCGAGUUAACUGACAAACAUCUUCUGCACUAUGCAGCUAGUGUGGUCAGGGCUGAUGCUUGGAAUUUACUCUCAAGUGAUCAAAAACAACGAAUAGAAGAGAGUUAGCAUUUUUUUUCUUCUACACCUGAUUGAUAAAUCGUUAAGCCGGGAUUUUUGUUGAGUUACGGCAACCGAAAGCGGCUCCUCCACGGCUGUCAAGUCAUUCGCGCUCGUACAAAAGAAGCGCCUCUGCUGGUGUUCAACCAAACGGCCCGUUCUCUUUGCAGAGAGCAAAAAGUGCAGAAAGGUUGAAGAAGUGCGAUUUUCUUUGUCUAAUUAUUUUCUGGCAGAUCUCGUCCUCUCUCCACAAUACAAAACCGACCUCAAUCCGAAGAAUCUACAAAAGAAGAUGACAAAAAAACAUUGGUUCCUGGAGAAAACACCGAGAAAGCUGAAGAAAAUAUAGAAAGUAAGAAAAAGGAUGCUGAUAUCUGAAAGACUUGAAUUUUUACAGAGCCAUCGACUACGUUGCCUGAGAAGAAGACAUCCAAGCUAGAAUCUCCAAAAAGAAGCAAGUCUCGUGGAGAGAAGGUUCAAGAGAAAACCGGAAGCAAAGCGAUUCCAACCACGGAAACGGCCAAAGUAGAAAAAUCCGAGGUGAAAAGCAGACAAUCAGCAAAAAUUUAAAAAUGAGUUUUAGUCAAGAACGGAUUCACCGCGUGGAAGAGAUCCAAUCAGAAGAUCGCCUGCCAAAAAAAAAGUUAUGGAAAACGAGGAGGUAAAAACCGAAUUACAGAAAUUUUUUGAAUUGUUUCCAUCACAUUCAAGCGAUUUUUCAGAUGAAAAUGGAGCGACAAGUUACCCAUACAAUUAUCACGCUCGACAAAGCAAGAGCUGCCCAGCUUCCGGGUCCUGAUUCACAAACAUCAAAGGUAUUUUUUUUUGCUUACAACGUAGAGCUACUUCCAAUUCAGCUGAACAAUCUUUUUUUGAGCUUUUUGAUCUUUACCAAAGUUUUCUUUUGCACUCUGACAUCAGACUGACGUCUUGAGGGCAUCUAGCUUUUGUCUAAAUCUUUGUAAUUCCUCUGAUAAUUUCAAAAAAGUCAUUUAGUCGAAAGUGGAAGACCUUCAAGAGUUUGAAUGAGAAGUUUGAAAAAAAUUUCUUAGCAAACUUUGCAUGAAACUUUGAAGAUUCACUUUCUCGGUUUUUUUCAUUCUGCAAAAAAAUGUUUUACAAUAUUUUUCAAAUAGGUCUCUACCGAGAAACCGAAGUCUGUAGUGAAGCCAAUGGUGAAAGACGUUCCGCUGGCUUCAUCUGCGAAUCGUACAAUCACGAGGGAUCGCAUCUCUCAGCGCCGCACUGAACAAGUGAGAAACAUUUUUAUUUCUGAAUCAAGGUUUCAUUUAGGCUAAAUCUGCAACCAGUGGAAAGUCCUCGAUUCCAACGGCAACAAAACCGACAGGCAGCCGACCGAAUUCGGGUAAAGAACCGUCUCGGAUCCCAGCAAAGCCCGCUGUCCCAACCUCCACUUCGAGGAUCGCCAGAAAUCCUCGCAUUGUUGGAAACCCCAAAAAACCCGAGAGUAAUUCUAUUGAAAAAAGGAUAAAAAUUCUGAAAGAAUAAAAAAAUUUAUUUUAUUUUUUUCCAUUGCAUGGUCUACCAGAAUAAACGAGAAAAAAAGCCAGCUUUUUUUGGAGAAGAAAAAGAACGCGAAAAAAACCUUCUUGUUAUUAUUAUUUUUUUGAAAAAGUUUCCUUUAUUAUUUGAAAUGCAACUAAAAAAAGGGUUCCAUUGGUUUCAUCAUCUCUUGAUGAAUAAUUUUAAUCGGUCCAAAAAGAAGUGAAAGAGAAGAAAAAUUGUUAUCGCUCAAUAAUCUGCCGCUGAUAAAAUGAAGUACAAGAGUAUUAUCAAUAGGCAUGCAAAAUUCAAGCUGUCCUUCUCAAUUUUGUUUCUUCAUGGCCUUCUUGAAAAAUUUCAGAAAAAUUUUUUCUUUAGAGAAUGUUUGAGAAAUUUUUCAGAGGGAUGAUUGCCUUUUGGGCAAUUUUACCGGCACUCGCCUUGGGAGCAAAUUUGCCGCCGUUUUUCCUAGGCAGGCCACCAGGAGGUGCUCGAAAGUGAGAAUUCCUGAGGAUAAACGGUAGCUGAGAGCUUUUUUGCAGCUAUCAAUUGCAAAGACACUUGAGCAGUGUGCAGAAGUUGGAUACUCAGUAUCCUUAUCUCGUAACUGCCAAUUUUACGCAAAAACUAGACCACUUCGACCCCUACAACACUGCGACAUGGAACCAGGUGGACUUUAUUCAAAUAUCGGCAAUUUAGAGUCAAUUUUCAGAAAUACUAUUACAAUCCUCUUUAUUCGCGCAACAAUUCCAUCAUUUUCUUGAUGAUUGGUGGUGAAGGUCCAGAAUCGUCACAUUGGGCGGCGUAUCCUGAGGUCUUGUAUUGAAACAAAGAACUUUAUUUUUUUGUAAAUUUUUUUCACUUAUCUCUUUGGGCUUAUAAUAUUUCACAAGUUGAAUAAAUAAACUAUUUUCAUUUCUAAACAAUAAUUUCAGUUUGGUGAGCUACGAAAACUAAACUUUUAAUGUUAAAUAUAAUCAUAUAAACUUCAGGUACAAUACCUCCAGUGGGCAAAAGAAUAUGGAGCAGCAGUUUUCGAUCUCGAGCACAGAUUUUUUGGAGACAGUUGGCCGAUUCCGUGAGUGAUGAUGUUGAAGAGGAUAUAUGUGAAAUAUUAUAGCAAUAUGGAUGUUUCUUCUCUCCGAUAUCUGACGACGGAGCAAGCUCUGGCUGAUCUUGCUUAUUUCAUCCAAUCAAUGAACCAAAAAUACGGGUUCGACAAUCCUCGCUGGGUCACCUUCGGCGGUAGUUACCCUGGUUUGAAUUAUUUGAAAUAUCUUCGUUGUGACAAUUUUCAAAGCUUCAGGUUCGCUCUCCGCAUGGUUCCGCUCCAAAUAUCCAGAACUAACAGUGGGAGCCGUCGCCAGUAGCGCUCCCCUCAACUUGAAACUCGACUUUUACGGUCUCAGAUAAAAGUAUUUCGAGAAAAUUCAUAUAUUUCAGAAUACGCAAUGGUUGUGAACGACGAUUUGAAAAUCACGGAUCCCGCUUGUUACGCCUCGGUGCAGGCCGGCUUCACGGGCAUUCAACAGCUAACUCUAACACCCGAUGGAAGAAAUCAACUCAACAACAUUUUUCAAGUUUGUAUUUUUUUCAUUUUUUUCUGGUUAACUAUUCAAGAGUUUUUUUAUGAAGACCGGGUUUACUCAUUUAGGUAUAAAAAAAUUUUUCAGCUUGCAGCCAAAAUUUGAUAAUAAGACUACAAAAUUGGAUAUCAACAAUUUCUUCGGCAAUCUGUACAAUGCCUAUCAAGGAAUGACUCAGUACACCUAUGAUGGACAAGUAGCGAUUAUUCAAUGAAAAUCGUGAUUUGAAAAGUUCAGAGCGAUCGCACUCAUCAAAACAUGACGGUGAGAGCCAUGUGCAACGUCAUGACAGACCCCAAGGAGCCGGAUCCGGUCAAGAGAGUUCACAAUCUUUUCUUAUGGUUCUAUUUUUUCAUUUAAAAGUCAAACAAUAAAAAAUAAACUAAGGUACAACUACUUCGACCCUGCAGGACCAGAUCUUUCUGUGCUUCCCAACAGUUACUGGGACGUCAUCAAUCAGCUGAAAACGGGCAAUCUGACAGCUUUGGGAGAGGAUGGAGGUUAAUUUUUCUUGCAUUCAUUGAAACUGAAAUAGUUUUACAGCCGCUGCUCGUGGUUGGAUGUGGCUGUGCUGCAAUGAAAUCGGCUUCAUGCAAACUACCGAUCAAGGAAAAAAUGUUUUCGGAUCCACUGUGCCCUUGAAGUAAGAUAUUUCUGUUCCAUCGAAGUAUCGCCCAAUAAUUUCCAGUUUAUUCAUCGACAUGUGCACUGAUAUGUUCGAUGACAGCGUGAAGAUGAACUUUGUUUACAAUAGAAACUUGCAAGCUCAAAACUUCUACGGCGGCACUGAUUAUUACACAGUAGUUUUUUGAACCGAACAAGUUAGGAUCAUUUUCCUGCCAGGCUACGAAUAUUGUGCUUCCGAAUGGUUCGUUGGAUCCGUGGCACGCCUUGGGUCUCUACAAAGACAAUGCAAACGCCGCCUUAAAAACUAUUCUCAUCAACGGUUAGCGGAAAAUCAUUGAAAAACAGUUUUACUGAUAUUCAAAAUUUUGAGAAUUGCGGAUGGACAUUGUCAAUCGACUCGAAAAAAAACUCUGAAACACCAAUCUCAGUAGCUUCCUAGUAUUAGAAACAGAGCUUUUCUUAGCUUUCCCUACAGCUUUUUUUGCCGAUUCGAUGUCCAUUAGAAUUUUUGAUAGAAAUUUUAGCAAAUGUUCUAACGAAACCGAAAAAUUUCAUGAUUUCUCACUUUCCUCUCAUCAAAUUUUCAAUAAAUCAAUAAAUCUCAGGCACUGCUCAUUGCUCUGACAUGUACCCGACUUAUGUUGGAGAGCCUCCAGCUUUGCCUGCCGCCCGAGCCACAAUCAAGCAGAACGUUCAGAACUUUAUUCGUGAGUUUCAAUUUUCUUGGCAGGUUAAAUCCAAAAUUUUUAGGCUACGAUCCUUCAAAAGACGGACCGAGUGGCUUCAGCUCUUCAUUGCUUUCGAUGCUCUCUGUUGUUGUGCCCACUCUUGUCGUUUCUCGUUUCAUGUGAACAAUAAAAAAUUAUUAAUAUACUCGGACCUUGUCUUCAAAUGUUUGAGAAGAGCAGAAAGAAUAUUCUAGCACAUGAGUAUAGCGUUCGCCCGCCUGGCAACCGGAGUCUCUUGGUUCUUUUUCUGGAUUUUGUCUCGUCCUAUUGCAUAUCGAUCGUCAUGGCUUGUGAGUUUUUCUUUUUAUACAUGAACAAAGUUAGAAAUUGAUCGAGUCAAAAAUGUAGGGAAAAUUUGUUUUUGGCUAGGCAAAAACCAUCUGAGCUUUUUUUGCAGUCUCUUUUAAUGAAAAAACUUUUGAAAGUUUUCGAGCAUUGAUUUGAUAUUUUUUAUCACAGCAAAGUUCUUCUUCUUAUUGUUUACGACACUGAUAAGAUAAUGCAAAUUUUCAUAGCUCCUUCAACAUUCUACGAUCCCCACAAUGACGUCUCCUACGUGCAGCUGAAUAAGAGAAAACGAGGAGAUUAUGAUAGGCAUGAAGGUGACAAGUUAGUGAAUCGACUUCGGAAGCCGGCUGUAAAGAAAAUUUACGUCAAAAGAAACGGCGAAGAGCUUCAUACAAGGUAAAAACAAGUUUUUUUCGUACAAAUUUAAAAAGAAAACUCAGACCGAAACUGUUUGUUUGGCGACAAUGGCAAUCGCCAAAGCUCAGUCAUUUUCUAGAAGAUGUUGGCCCUUACGUCGGUCUCGACGAAGGCGCCAAUGCCAUUUAUCAAACGCAAGUUGAAUCAUAAACGCUUUUACAAGAAAAAUUCUAGUGAUGGACGCCAGAUUGUAGAUGAAGAAGACAUUCAAGAUCUAGAAACGUAUUACAUCACUGGUGACGAACAGCUACUAAUGUAAUUAUAUUGAUCGAAAAGACUGAACUUGAUUAUUUCAAGCCCUUCUCGAGAUGAUGGUUAUUUCGAUGGCUAUAAUCGGAGAAGAAGUGAUCCGGACUUUUCGAUUAAUAGAAACAUUUCGAGUAGAAAUCGUGGGAAAGCUUACGAUGACCCAAGACACACUUCUCUGUCAGCUCCAGAAUACGCCACAAGUUCAGUUAGAUCGACUUAUCCAACCAACAGUGAGCCUUCCCAUUGAGUUAAUCUUAGAAAUAUGAGAUUUUCUGUUUCCAAUCCUCCAACCCCGCCACCAAAAGUUUAUGAUGCACGGCGAUACAGCCCGGAAGAACGUUUGGUGAGGUAUCUACAAGAGAAAAGAUGAAAUUGAAGUAUACAGAAUAGUAAAAAACGUUUACCAAGAACUCAAACUGGCCAUGGCAGCUAUGACGUCUACUACAAUGAAGCGAUAAACGAGCUACCGCGUAUAGCUCUUUCCGAAAUUAUAACCAAAUUUGUAAAAUUUUCAGGUAAGCCCACUAAUAAUAGGAGCGAGUAUCGUCCGUUAAGUGUUAGCGACUCGGUCAUUGCGGAGAACAGUGUUUUCGACACAGCUCACACUAUAAGAAGAGAUCGGGAAGCAAUUGAAAAACAUAAGCAGUAAGAACUUAUACUUUUGAUUCAUUUCCAUUUGAUUUGCAGAAAGAAUUUGGGACAGCGAAGGCGCGAGAGUGCUAUGAUUUACAAUCGCAGGGACCAAACUCAUCCUGAUGCUUAUAUUAUUUAGUAGCUCUUUUUUUCUGACAUUGAAAAAAAACAACAAAAAAAAAAACGUUUUCCAGUGUGUUUCUCAACGGACAAGGAAUGAACUGUCAAUUCAUGAACUUCCAAAGAAAGCAACUUGAGAAGGGCAUGAACUAUGUGCUGGAACUUAUUGCUAGGCGUUUCAACGUGAACCCUUUCAAGUUAGAAAAUCAUUGAAACUACUUUCACUCUUGAGCACAGAUUAUGCAACAUGGAUGGAAAGAAAAUUGGAGAAGUGAGCUCUCUAAUGUCACGAGGUGUGUUAAAAAAUGACGACAAUUUAAAGUUUGAUUUCAGGAGCUUACGUACUUGUACCUGCUGGACAAUCAUUUCGGGACACGUGGUACUUCCUUCCGGACAAUGCUAUCGACACCAGGUAUUUAUUGCGAAAAUGCGUUUCUUAAUAAAAUUAACUUUGUAAAGGCGCAAAAUCGCUAACAAAAACAGCGAAAAGUGCCACAGAGCACACUUGCUUUCUUCAUUUUUUGUUCGUGAAAAGCAGCUUUGCAGCUUCCUAAAAGAGAAGUCAGACAGUUGUUUCAAAUAUUAAUUCACCUGUUUUUUUACAUGAUUUCAUGGGAGUUUUUUUGCAAAGAAAAAAAUUGAGAAGAAAAAGAUUCGAGUUUCUGCAAUAAUUUAUCAAGAUAGUUAAAAAAUGAGAUAUCCAAACCGCCUCUCGCUUCUAAUAAUGAAUAUUUUUUUACCUUAUUCAAAAAUUGUAUUCCCGGAUUAAAUAUUUGAUAGCUCAUAUAUACAAUCACUGAUAAAAAAUCGGACGCUUCUUCAUUUUUUUAGCAUUGAAGAUUGUGAAUUCGAAAAACUUUAUUAUCUUUUUUUCAAAAAAAUUUCUUUGAGCUCGGACAGCAACAAAAUUGAAGACCGAAGUGCGCAACGUGAUCGUCUGCUCCAAAGGCGCAGCAAGAAGAAGCCCAAAAAGUUUUUUUUUUCUUCCAACCAUCAAAUUUUAUUUUCUUUUCAGCCCUUCAUACAUAAGAAGCAAAUCAGAAGAAUUUGUGCGCAACUACAAAAAUGAGGCUUCUGGAAACUUGUACGGCAACCGAUAUUAA